AUGAUUGUCGACACGGAGCAUGCUGCACUUCCCAUUGCUCCUUAUUCCAAGCAAUCUGGUACGAAAUCUGGGCGCCCCACCAACCCGCGAACUCAAACCGACGAAGCCAUCAAGGCGGGUGCAAAGAGUGGUGGAAUUUUUGGCAUUUCCAGAUGCAACCGUGCAGUCGAUGGUCUAUGCCAAUCACGUGGGCUUUGGUUCCACACGGGAUACAUCAACUUGACCCGUGGCCUCGUGGCAAAUGGAUAUUCCAAAGAGGAUAUUGCCCAUUUGGCGGGUGCCAUCUACCUGAGCUUUUGGAUCGAGUGA